AUGGCAUCCGAACAGCAGACUCAGUCUCCUAGCGCUGGCGCUCCACUGGAGGAUCGCAUCACCAAGCCCGAUUCCACCGCGACUGCUCCUGAGCAGAAUGAACCGCAGAAGGAUGCGGCAGCCCAAGACGGAGCCCCGGAGGCCCUGGGUGGCAGCAACCUUCAAGAAUCCGAUUACACCGUCCAAGUCAAGCUCAGCGACCUGCAGGCUGACCCCAAUAACCCUCUUUACUCUGUUAGCACCUUCGAAGAGCUGGGCCUGGACGAGCGCAUCACCCGUGGUAUUCUCGCCAUGGGUUUCCGCAAACCGUCCAAGAUCCAAGAGCGCGCUCUUCCUUUGCUCCUUGCGAACCCACCCACCAACUUGAUCGGUCAGUCGCAGUCGGGUACUGGAAAGACGGCCGCCUUCGUGUUGAAUAUCCUGAGUCGCAUCGAAUUGGCCACCGACGAACAGCGGAAGACUCCGCAGGCCCUGGUUCUCGCGCCCAGUCGUGAGCUGGCUCGGCAGAUCAGUUCGGUCAUCGAGCACAUGGGAAAGUUCCUCGAGGGACUGGUUGUCGCAGUCGCCGUGCCCACUGAGGCCAAGCGACCAGCGCGCUUGGAAGCCUCGGUGGUUGUUGGAACACCCGGUACCGUUACGGACUUGAUGAAGAAGCGAAUCUUCCUGCCCCAACGCAUCAAGGUGCUCGUCCUGGACGAAGCCGACAACAUGCUCGACCAACAAGGUCUUGGUGAUCAAUGCAUCCGGGUCAAAGCGUUCGUCCUCGCCCCUUUCGCGCUAUUGUUUCUCGCAGUUGCUAACUACCGUAUCAGAAUGCUACCCAAGACGGUGCAGGUGGUGCUUUUCUCCGCCACUUUCGGGCAGCAUAUCCGCCACUAUGCUGCCAAGUUCGCCCCGAAUGCUAACGAGAUCUCCCUCAAGCAAAACGAGCUCACCGUUGAGGGUAUCAAGCAGUUCUAUCUUGACUGCGCGGAUGACAAUGACAAAUACAACGUGCUGGUCAAGCUUUACGGUCUCCUCACCAUUGGAUCGUCGAUUAUCUUUGUCCAGACUCGUCAAACUGCCGCCGAAAUCGAGAAACGCAUGGUCGCAGAGGGCCACACUGUUGCGUCGCUGACUGGUGGUAUCGAAGGCGCCAUGCGUGACCAAAUUAUCGAUAGGUUUCGCAACGGUGACGCCAAGGUGCUGAUCACCACCAACGUUCUUGCCCGUGGAAUUGACGUUUCUACGGUGUCCAUGGUUGUCAACUACGAUAUCCCUCAAGUGCACAUUCCUGGCCAGCCGCGUAGAGCCGAUCCACAGACGUAUCUCCACCGUAUUGGUCGUACGGGUCGUUUCGGACGCGUGGGCGUGUCGAUCUCGUUCGUGUCCAACCAGGAAGAGUGGAAGAUGCUCAUGGACAUCCAGAAGUACUUUGAUACGCAUAUCGAGGGGAUCGAGACCCGCGACUGGGACGCUGUGGAGAAGAUCAUCAAGAAGACGAUCAAGAACCCGCGGUCUCGUCCUGAGUUUACGACAUCAUAA